AUGAUGAAUUUUGGAAUCCCAACCCUGGCGUAUGGCCUUGCAGCUUGUUUUCUUAUCAAGCACGAAGAAAUGGUCCAAACGCGCUUUGGAGACGUGAAAAUAUAUUUUCUGAUGGAGGAAGAAAAAGGUGCUAUGUUCUGAGAAAACAAAUUGAGGAAAUUUCAGAAUCUGGUACAUCAGUUAAGGUAUAUAUUUGACGAUUUUUUCAAAGUCAAUUUAUGAUUAUAUUAAACCAAUAUCAUCCAGCCACAGACAUCUCAUCAAGAUCUUAAUCCUCUUAAUUUUGUGAAAAACUCUGUCUGGAACAAGCAUAUAAACCCUGCUAAGCUAAUCACGAAAAAUUUUUCAAAUUUGGACUUAUCAUUUUAGGGUGGUACUUGGUAAUAAAAUAAUAUUAUUGUUUGGUUGCAGAGAUGCCAACCAGGGUGCCAACCUCUGGCGAUUUAAAUUCAAGAGACGCUCUCUUUUGCCUUAACCGCCCUACAAACUAUCAAUGGGUGUGGCUUAUGACAUUAUGUACUACAUGAUGUACAGACCAUCAAAAUUCACUUUUACAAAAUAAAUAUCACCCUUAUCAGUGGCAAAAUACGUGCAAAAAUGUUUCGGUAGCUGCACCCUGAAUCAGAGAAUGUUUCAAAUUUUGGAAAAAAAUAAGCUUAAUAAUUUCCAAACUAAAGCGAAGAAAAGAUAAAAAGUGAAUCAUAUCCAGGAGAUUUGGUGACCAUAUAGGAGAACAGCAAGAUAAUUGAUGCCAUAUCCAGGGGACUUCUGGAUAAUCUGGGAGAGUUAACACAUUUCUUGUGGUUCAAUUUUAUCCUUGGUUUUAACUUUAUUUUCCUUUGUUUUUGUGUAUGGUAAUGUAUGGUAAUGAGUUUGAAACAAAGGAAAAUAAAGUUGAAACCAAGGAUAAAAUUGAACCACAACAUAAUGUUGUAUGCAACUGUUAAGUUUGACUUGCAGCUUUUGAAGCUCAUAAGAGAAAUUGACGGAUUGGUUUUAAAUAUUUAACAAUCAACAAUAUUCUUCAUUUUCCUAAAUCUUAUACUUUUCAAAUCAUUGCAGAUGGAAAGUAACGCAUCAGUAUUCCUUUUAAUUAAUUUUCAGGUUUAGGUCUUUACCUUUUGUAACACAAAAAGCAAACAGAGCAAUCAGCCAAAAGAAAGCUAUGAGUUCAUCAAAAAGCAAUCAGUUAUCUGACUUUUAUUGUCAUAAUUUUGUAAAUGCCUGAAUUAGCCACUUUCUAAAGUGAAGGAUUUGAUUUGAUUGGGUUGGAAAGUGAACCAUACAUACCUAAUGCAUGAAGAGCAUCCAAGCCUAAUUUAUUCUUGCUUGCAGGCUAAUUGAAAAAUGGCUUAAUCAAGAGGGUUCAGUAUUAGCCUGCAUAGCUGGCCUUUUUCAGUGUGUUUUUUGUUUGUGUUUCAUAGUAAGAGAUAUAGCCGUGAGAAAAAUAAGCCAAGGUACGUCAAAUGAGAAAACAAUUGGGGAUGGAGCAAGAGAAAGAGUUCUCUCUGCUUUCUUUCUCUCAUGUCCCCUCCUCCAUCGUUUUCUGGUUUGACCUCAUAAUUUACAUAACACAAACGAAAAACACACCAAAAAGCCGCCUUCUGUGCAGGCUAGCUUACCCGUUUGUUUGAAUUGUAAGGAUACGUGUCCCUAGAUAUAAGUGUACUAUUGCUAAAAACACUCCGAUUUUAUUGUCAAUACAAAAUUGUCUGAUUAACUUUCCAGUGACGAGCUUAAUCUCUCAAUUCAAUUGUCGAUUUAGGUCCCCCGCUUGUUUAGAAAAGGACAUACGCGUGACCUAAAAGACGUUUGUGACGUAACAAAUGUCCCGCGAAAUUGGAGAAGACCGGAGAAGACAAAGACUAAGUCAGAAACUGAAUGUGAAUUGCGUUUACAUAGCGGCUAUUAUGGACCCAGACGAAGUCAAAGUUGUCGGUAAGAACGAAUUCCAAACUCUAAAACACUAGAAUUUUGAUCAUCAAGAUGUUUAUGAAAUCAAUGUUCUUUUACUUUUCAGUUUAUUCGGCAAGAAAUUUGCAGCCAAAAAAGGGAGAUGGUAGGUCGCAUACGUAUGCCAUUUAAAUUUAGCAUCGUCGUUUUUAAAGUGCUUCCCUUUUUUUAAAGCAUUUGAAAAUGUAUUUUCUCUUUCCAGGUGUAUGUAAUGCGUCUGUCAUUUUUGGAAUUGGUAAGCAUAAAUACCGAACGGAAUUUGUCCGAGACAACGACCCGACUUGGAAUGAAGAAACUAUAAUGUAAGAUCAAUUUCAUUUUUGACCUUUAAUUUUAAAUCCCAUAAUUGCACGUCGUAAAAUUGUUGUAGCUUAUUGAAAAGCCGUAAUCCGCUACGCUGUAAAUAAUCGCGUUUUUCCUUUUAUUGCAAAAUUAAUUGUCGAUAAGAGGAGGGGGUAGUGUGCGGCGAUCUAUUUUACUCUGUAGUAAUUUGAAGGAGAUCUUUGGGCGUGGGAAUUUUAUUCCUUUGAAACUAAAAACGGAAGAUUUUGUUUACUUAUAAAGGAGCAGAAGAGGCGUCAAAUAUCCGCGGAAAGAACAUUAAUUUGCGAAAGUCGCUAAGCUUUAUUAUUGCAAUAAUGUCAAGUUACGCUUAUAAACAUCUGUCUUCACACCCUCACGCGUCAAUGUAAUCAAGAGGAAGCUUUGUUUAAAGCUGGCUCAAAGCUUACGCGUCCUGCUUUCUCGGUUAAAUAUAUGUAGCUACAACUUCGCAUUUUUACACGCGUUAUUUAUAUAUUAUAAAACUUCAGUUUCCGCUUUCCGCUUUCCGCUUAGGUAGAAUUAAAUAUCAUAGAAAUUCUAGUUAUCAUAAUACAGUACUUGUAUUUAUCAAUCCCCUGUUUGAAGCGAGUUGAUUGCUUGUCAUGAUUUAUUGAGUGAUCUGGCUUUCCAAUUAAAUUUUGUUUGGUUUAUACUGUAUUUUAUUUCCUUUACGCAUUGAAAGGAUGCGUGAUUGUAAGGUUUGUUUUCUAUAACUGAGCUAGUUUUCUCUUAGCUAAAAAAAACUUGUAUUCGUGUGAGGCGAUUACAUUUAGGAUAACUUUAGUUUACUCGUGAAAAACAAGCAGAGUAAAAAAUACGAAAAACGGCAAUGGCUAUUAAACGGUCAAAACUGAAAACAGCAAAUUGAGCAAGUUGCAUACGAAAAAUGUAUUUUUUACUUACUGGUAUUGGUCAUGUUAUAAUGUCAUUGAUUAUGUGCACCCAGUCCCACCUUGCACAGGCUGCUAGAGCCCCUGUAGAAAUUUCAGUUUAACUCAGACCUCCCUUGAUGAAUUUCCUAUGACACUCCAGAGGGUGGGUAUGGAUAUUUUCUGGAACCUUUCACUGUUUGUUUUGAGCUGAAGGGUCAGUAAAACACUGCCUUUUUUUGAAGACCCUUGAAUUUCAGGAGGUCCAUUUCAAAGCCUUUUAAGUUCUUGAAAUUGGUUUUUGGUCCUUGAUUAGUCACAAAAGAACAACUAAAUUAUCUAAUUAAGGUCGUGAGUGUAAAAACAACAACAACAAAUGAUUAUAUGCAAAAAAUGUUUUAUCAUUCCCAGUGCUCUCUUGUUACCCUCUAGCACACCUACAUUAACAUGUACAAGCCAAGCGUAAGAUUUCCAAAAAGCUGAAAAGCCACCAAAUGGAGUCCUCUUCUUGUUAUUUCUUUCCAGCACUGUAGCAAAACCAGCUCCUCUGAUUUUCACGGUAACAGACAGGGAUGAAACACUGGGCACAGCGAGCUUGCCACUAGCACAGAUACCUUCUGUAGCCCAUCGUCGCCGGUGGUUGCCAUUAACGACAAAAAACUCACAGGCAAUGGGUGACCUGUGUAUUGACUGUUGGGUGCUCUCCUUUAAAAAACCUUCCUCAUCUGGUGGUGAAAGUGGCAAGUGGAAUAAUUUAUUACCUUUACGCCUCAAAAGUGGAAAUAAUUCAAAAGAACGUUCAAAAAGAAGGUCCUCAAUUGAGGCUGCUUCUAUUUCUAAAAAAGGCUCAAGAUCUAUAGAGAAUUUGUAUUCAGCUGUGGAGUUGCAGUCGCCUGUUACUUCUCCUUCUACUAGUUCCAAUACACUUCAACCCUUCCCUCUUUUUAAGCCACGUCUUGCUCCAACACUUGGCCAGGUUCUCUCAUCAAGUAACACCCCAGAGAUGACUGGACUGUCGCCCAAAUCUGGACCUGCUUCUGGGGGAACCAAGAUCACGGUGCGAGGAUGUAAUCUUGGUAAAUCAAAAGAGGACAUAGUUUCAAUUAGUAUCUGUGGGUGUGACUUGUACUCUACUCUUGAAUACCACAGUCCAGCAAAACUUGUGGUUACUACAAAGCCUUGGGCUGGUUCUGGUCCUGUUGUACUGGAGACCAAGUCUGGAGGGCGGGGUACAUCCACUCUCAAUUUCACCUUUCAAGAAAAACCACCAGGUAAACCAACUUAUUUUUCUUUGGUUCAAUUUUUUCGUUUUCUUUGUGUAUACUGUCAACUCUCUCUAAGAUGGUCACCUUUGGGACCUGCAUUAAGUGUCCAUCUUAGAAAGAUGUCCGUCUUUUAGAGAGAGGAGUAAAGAAAGGAAGGGACCAACUCAAGGUGUCCAUGCUAGCAAGAUGUCCAUCUCAUAGUGGUGUCCAUUAAGAAAGAGUCGACUGUAAAUGUAUAUGAUAACAAAUUUACCUUAUUAAAGGAAAUUAAUGCUUGUGUUAAUAAAGGUGUUUGAAAUAAAAAAUAAAAUAAACAGUUACAAUUUUCCUCUUUAUGGUGGAACCAGAGCUAGAAGUGAGAUUGGAUGUCAGCAUGUAAAGGCACACUGUGCAGCUGCUUCAGUCCUUGUUUGAGCUCACCUUGUCCACUAGGACCACUGAUGGCGCAAGUCAAAUAGACCACAACACUGUGGCGUAUUAACCCUACUCAAGCUCUUUUCAGACAAUGUCACAAACAAGUUUUUUACAUCCAUUUCCCCUGAUGUUUAAGGAUGAAGGAGGCAACACCAAUGACUUGACAUCACCACGUGCAUGGAGUAUAGCACAGUCUUCCCCCUUCUUCCCUUGCAUCUUAUGGCCCACUUACCACUGUUGCCAAUUAACAUCUGCAUCCUACAAAAACAUUUAUAUGUACAUGUGUAGUGCAUAUUGGCAAAAUGUUGUGUACAUUACUGUUUAUUUUAAUCCUUCAGAACCACUCAUUUCUGCCUUGGAUAGAAAGGGCAAAGUGCCACGUGCAGAACUGCUGACUGAGAUAACCAAUCUCAGAGAGGAAAUUGUUGGUAAGUCCUGUGUUUUCUUGUACUAAGUGGAACGUGUACAGAAAAGAUAAUGAAACGAAAACAAUAAAUUUAUAGUUGUGGCAACCUUUUCAGAAGAUGAUAUUCUCACAACAUCAAGCUUUUUUUCCCCACUUUUUUAUCUCAAAUUUCUGGCCAGUUAUAGGCCAAAGAAUGUGAAAGGGUGUUCGUCCCUAUGGAAAGCCAAAGAAAAUGUUAUCCUAAAUAUGUCAGGAUUGCUUAUAUAGUAGAGCAAGAUUGCACCUAAGUUUUGUAUUCACCUUUUUUAGGUGAAUUUCUUGGGCUGCACCACCCUGGCAAAAUUUGUGGCAAAAUUUCCUGGAGCAAAUGAAUUGAUGUAAUAUGUAUGCUCCACAUUAGCACCAUAUAAGAAAGUAAUAAACUUGCAAUAAUUGGUGCCUUUCCAUUUUUUUCUAGAUCUAACUGGUGAGAAUCGUUCCCUAAAGGAAUACAUAGAUCGAUUGAUGGUAGUGUUAAUGGAAAAGUUUCCAGAAGUGUUAGAAAAUUUAGAUUCCUCUGCCUGACUGUGUUGUUUGACUCUGGAAAAAAUAUAGACAAUUUUAAACAAUAGCUUGGGUCAGUUUUUGGUGUACCAGCAGAAUCUUUUAUUUUUUUUAACCAAAAGUGGCAAGAAAACAAAAAUUAAAUUAAACAGCUGGUACUUACUAAAAACAAAAAGCAGCCUUGCUACCUUUAAGAAAGAAUGAAAGUUGAGAAGUUAUCAUUGGAGUCUGUUCAAAACAUGUAACUUAAUAACAUUCCAGAAUUUUUGAUUUUGAAGAGCCACAAAUGCAGUUGGCAAUUCAUCGUGAGUUACUCAACUUUUACCUUUUCUUAAAUUUUAUUACAGAAGUAGAUGUCUUAGUCAAUGUGCCUAGACGAAUAGAGUGUGUUAGCUGCUACUUGGAUUUUGACACAAAAAAAUACUUUCCCCCUCUUUCUGUUUUGCUAUAACAACACUGUAAACUUUCUUUUAAUAAGUGACUACAUAAAAUUAAAUUUUAUCAGCAGGAUCAUCAUCAAUUCCUACUCCAAAGCCAUCAUCUGAAUGUUUGACACUAAAUUAUUAAAACUUUGUUUAGGAUCUCAUCCACAGACC